AUGAAAGCCGUUACUUCAUCACUAGCUUUUAAAAAAUAUCCUUUUUAUCAGAUUUCUGUUAGCCGCAAGGGUAAGAAAAAUUUAUCUGUAUUAGAGCUGGAUUUUUUAAUAACCUUACAGCCAAAAUAGACCUCUCCCCUCAAACAGUCUUUUUCUUUCCAAAAACUAUCUCCAAAAAAGUCAACAUAAGUACUAGGAGUGCGGCCACUGCUUUUUUUCCUUCUCCUCCUUUCUUUCUCCUCGCUCUUUCUAUUUUCCCUUUCCUCGUUCUUUUCUAGCAGGAUUUUCAGGCUUAUUUUGCCUUAGGCUUUUGGUCUUUUUCUCAGUCAAAGGACUGCAGUUUUCGUUCGGUACGUUUUCAAAUAUCCAGGAAGAUAGCAAGAUAAUGCUUUGGCUUUUACGGUUACCUAUACUAUACAUUAAUUUUCGUUAACGUAUCUGCAUCCUCAAAUAUACAAGUUUUACUUUUUUGAAGCUUUUUGCUUUCUUCUUGUUAAAAGUGAAUUGGAGAGGUGGGGAGGAUAGUUUUACUAAUUCUUUACGAUGCACAACAAUGCAAAGUUUUUGAACAGGUUAAGCUCCAAUGCCUAUGAAUUCGAUAAGAGGGAAAUGCCUUUUCAUUUGAGGAAGAGUGUUGUUACCUUCGCAAAAAAAAAAUUGUAAGGGUUAACGGAACAUUCAUCGCAUAAGAACUCUGGUUCCAGAAGACGUUUGUUUCAAGAAAACGAAGUAGUAUAAUAGGGAAGCUUGCCUUUAAGGGAAAGAUUACCUUUGUGUAGCCAAAACAAUGCGUAUGUAAAAAUAUCUUGUAAGAGUCUAUGGAGUAAUGGAAAUUCCUCACCCAGAGCAUAAUUUACCCAACUCAGUCAUAAGGUUAACAUGCAGUAAGUUGAAGUGUUACACAACGCUCAUCCGAAGAGAGACAUUGGUUCUGCAAAAAGAGGUGACCAAUCAGAAGCUAAGUCAGGCAAGCCCAUUAAUGUCGUACAUAUGUCCAGUACUUUCGCGCCUUCAUUGACAAGUGCAAUUAUUUUCAGACGUAUAGGAACCCAUGACUGUUAUAGAAAAAGAGGUCUUCAUUUGCCAAUUGACGAAAAACAACUGGUCGAGGUUCAGGGUUGUUCUAACGAAGGAAGUGCAAGGAGGGAAUAUAAACGCCUUUAGACCACAGAGCGAUUAAUCUACUUAUUCAUCUUACCAAGAAAUGAAGGGCUGUCGCAGAAAAUACAAACUGAAUACACAGAUACACUAAACUAAAUCUGAGACUCGCUACAAGAAGAAGAUAAAAAAAGAACAAUCACUGCGCUUGGUUUUCUGGAUUUCCCUUACAACAGAAUGAAAAGCGCAGAGCGUUACGAUCUAGCCAAAACCAAAUCGACGGAGUCCUUUGCAGAAUAUUUAUUCACUCACAUUGUAAAGCACGGAGUCAUAAUCCUAAAGGAAGUUGCACAUGUCGCGACCCUGAUUUCGAUCACACAUACUACCUCACAAUAUCGAUUACAGAAAAUGGGAAUAGGUUAAACAGUUUGUACUGAUACAAAGCUAUCGUCCGUUGCACACAUUAAGUCGCACGUAUCUUGCAGCAUGGAUGCAAAUUUAGUAGCUAACCGAAGGUGAUCAAAAUAACUGUUCACCAUCAAUAAACUACUAAAUUUGCAUCCGUGCUGCAGGAUAUAAAAAAUUACCAGCGUGUGAUACUGCCAAAAUACGUACUGCAUUUCUGACAGUGAGCAAAAAAAACAAAAAACAAAAAACAAGUACUAAUAUUUUUAACCAUGUUAGCACAGACUGACUAAUAAUUUUCCUUUCAAAUACCGUCACAGAAAAAAUAUUAAAGCAUGGAAAACAGAGUAUGAAGACAGACGAGUGGCUGGGUAACCUGUGCAAAGCCCUCAAGACGAAACAAUGACCCAGGUGUUCCGCACACAUUUAGUCGGCUUUUUUUAAAACAAAACUACCCAAAAUACAUUAGCGAUGUUGUAUCGAAAAGUGUGGAAAUCUCUAUUCCCAAUUUUUAUUUUCUCAUCUUUCACCGAACCGAUUUUGGCGGAUUUUUAGUAUGUUGUUAAAUAGCCAUCCAACAAAUAAAUGGCGUUGAAAAAAGUUCUGUUGCAAUUAGUUUGAUGCUAAACCACAAUUUGACUGGACUAUUAAGCUGUCCAAGAAAAACUCAGUGUCAGAUAUUUCUGUUGUUUUCCAGCCGCCUUGUUGGUACUCAUUCGGAUGGGCAAUAUCAUGGCGUUCUUAUACACUGAAACACUAUAAAUUUGGGUACCGGUAAAUCAUUUCUCUGACCUAAGUAACAGUCUUUACAUAUUUACUCCUUUUCAAUUCCCAGAUUCUGGACUUUAUUUAUCGAACAUAUUUUUUCUAAGGCGACAGUGAAAACUAGCAAUACGCAGAUCUCUACAAUCAACGUUCAACCGGCUCUGUGGUUAUCAUGCAAGGUUUCUUUUUUGUUUUAUUUUGAUCUGUCAUUUUCACUUUUGAUAGAUGUUCCAUAUCCCGUUACGAAAUUGGGUUUUAAAGGAGGCUGUAGCUAUAUAAACUUAACUUGGAGUCAGCCAUUAGGUGAUGCUGAAGGAGGAAACGUGACAGGAUACCUUGUACAGAUGAAAUUAGCCAGUUCUGAAGAACCAUGGAUGAACUGGACGACAAAUUACGUUGCUCAGUCAACUCAGUCAUGUCUAUUUACCCAACUAAGGCCAAAUAGCGAGUACCAUGUAACAAUAAUGGCACAGAACAAAAUGGGAUAUGGUUGGCCUUCAAUGAAAAAUGUAUCAACGAUUCAGGCAGGUAAUUUCUUUCGAAAGUUUGCAUGUUUAAAUAAAUUCAACCUGGAAUUUUUAUUUGAUCUUUUGAGAGUGGGGCAGCGUCUCCCGAUUCCACCCUCUCUUCCCAAUUUUACAUCAAACUUUACAGGGAUUAUGUCUCGUGAGUUGUGAGAGGUUGCUUCGCCCAUUACAAUAACAGAGAAAGCUCUCGUAAGCGACUACCUCUGUAAUUCAUAAAAUUGCUCGCACUCCUCCAAGGGCUUAAUUCGUUUACCAGAAUUAAAAUUGAUCUCUCGUUUCUAAGCGACCAUGUGAUAAACCUAUUGAGGAAGGUCACAUACGAGAACUUUUAGCAGAAAGGUUUGUAUGUGGUGUUAAUUACCCAUAAUUUUUUUACAUUUUAAGUUGGUUUGCCAACAACAAAAACGAUAAGUUACGCAAACGCUUUAAGAUAUAGGUUGGAAUGUACUAUUAACCAUAGAAUAACGCGUUUUCUCGUCCUCUUAAUGGUAUGCCGUGUUUUAUAGAUGCUCCUAGCAUGCCCGAGUUCGAUGUUAUAUCGAGCGAAAAUGAAAAUGAGUGUGCUGUCUUUGUGCAAUGGUCCCGGCAACCAUCAUCAAGUGACUGUCCUGUACUAUUUCAUACAAUAAGCUACAGACGAAAAGGUGAAAAUGAGUGGACCAGAGAGAAUAUUACAGGAAAAAAUACCAAUAGCCAGAAGAUCGAGACAGAAUGUUCUACGGAAUAUGAGUUCCAACUUGUGGCGACGAAUGAAGUAGGAUCGAGCCUGGUUACCAAUAAGACGUUCACAAGGAAAGGGAAUGUAAUAAAGGAUGAUGAAACAGGUAUAUAUGCAUAAAUGUGCAAAUGGUGGUCAUUGUAUAGAGCGUUUUGACAUGACUUGGCAGCGGCCAUAUUGAAAUUCCAAAAGAACAAAACGGCAGCCACGAAGGUGUUCCAACCAAUCUCGCGGGAAUUAAACUGACUUUUCUUGUGUAAACGCUUGCUUUUGCUCCAAUUAUUUUGCAUAGAUGCUGGGCACAUGAGUGAAAACACUCCAUACAUAUAGAAGGUGUUUGAGUGUAUCAGUCUAACGAAAGACAAUAUUUACAAAUGAUCCUGCUCAUAUUUUGCUCCAUUAGACAUGUAUUUAGGACGACACUUAUUGAUUGAUCGUCUAUCUAUUACAACACUAUUGAAAGAUUGAAUUAACUAUACAAAAGAAUAAAUAGAGUCCCAAGAAAGUUGUAACGCUAUUCUUUGUCAAGAACAUGAUGCAAGAGAUACGGUUGCGAGGGCAUGCUAGGUAACCAGGACAAGAUGGUGAAAAAAUCAAAAAUUUGUAUGAGAAUACAAUUAGUCUUUUUAUUUCUUGCUUAUUGAAAAUAUUUGUCACUUUAAAUUGUAAUUAAAGAGCUUAAAGAAACCCCAAACUAAAUCUGGAGUGCACAUCAGUCCUUUGUUGCAUUUUAGAAAACCUGAGUUCUUCCAUACAUUUUCUGUAAUCCCACAACACAAAAAGUACAGAAAAUGUAUGGAAGACGUCAAAUUUUCUAAAAAGCGACAAAGAACUUCUGUGCACUCCACAUUUAGUGUAUAAGUUAAAGUUAAACUACGACCAGACAAUUAAAACUCAAACAUCAAGAAUCAGAAUAGUCGAUCUCAUUGCAGCCAGUGUAGAUACUGAAAGCGAAAAAUUGUUAUAUUUAAAAUUACAGGUAUUUCUCUGGAGUUUAUCGUCAUCUAUACCCUCGCCGGCUUACUUACAAUCCUGGGAACUGUACUGCUGGCAGUGUGCAUCAAUCAAUACAAAAAGAAAGGAAACCAAUCCGCUAAGAGGUAUGUAGGUACAAACUGCUUCAAAAAUUCCUCUUUUCCUUCAUUUUGAAAGAUGCAAUAUAUACCCAACAUACCGGUAUAUUUGCGUCCACCUGAGCCGUGUAGUCUCUUUUGACGUGUUAGGCCUUUGGAAUACAUCCUUUUUAUUCCAUAUAAUUGUAGCAGAGCUCAUUACGGUGAAGCUGCACGUCGGAACGCCACGAGUACGAAAAUCUGGUUAUCUAACGAUACAUGAAUUUUCUUCCGCCAAAUUUUUCCGUUUGAUUAAAUGGGCGUUCUAGAACUUGAAAUACAGUCCUACCUCCCAUAACGGCCACCUCUCCACAACGGUCACCUCUCUAGUACGGCCACUGUUUUACGGAGGACAGACCAUACAUUGACUCUUGUUUAAACCUCUCUACAAUGGCCACUUUCUACUGUCCCCAAGGUGGCCGUCGUGGAGAGGCUCAGAGGCUAUUGUUUUUAAACAUCAUAGGACUGCAAAGGACAUCCAAGUUUUGGACGGUUGUGAAAUUCCUCCAAUCAGAAUAGAAUUUCUUGAAUUGUUGGGUGAAGGAGCAUUUGGAAAAGUUCACAAAGCGACGCUAAAGGACGCUAUGGCAUACUUUGAAGACGAGCGAGACUGGCCUAGCAGGCCUAGAAAGCAGAAAAUUAUUGCGGUGAAAGAACUUUUUGGUGAGUUCAAGUUUGAAAAUUCAGACUUUCCGCUUCUUGUUGCAAUGUGACAUUCAGCUUUUAUUUAUCACCAGCGUUGUUUCUAAUAUGAAGGCUGGUCACGUGUCCAAAAGCCACUUAAUAAUAAUAAAUUAACGAUGCAUGAAAAAUAAUGUGGCAUUAAAGCACACAUUGUGAAUUAAUGUGAAUGUGUAACAGUAAAAAUCAUCGGUAAGUGGGUUACUGACCAAGAGAUCCAAGGACCUGUUAUAUCUUUGCCCCAACAAAGAUAUCUUUACAGAAUUUCACUUUUAUGGAAGACGCAGUUAUGGUGAUUGCUAAUUUUUUUUUCUUGUACCCAACUAUCCUUGUUGUUGCCAGCAAACGCCAACGAAGAAGGGAGAAAGGAAUUUAUGGAUGAAAUUGAGCUCAUGAAGAAGGUUGGAAAACAUCAAAAUGUUCUGAGUUUCUUUGGAUGUUGGACCACAACUAAACCAAUUCUACUCAUGAUAGAGUACAUCGCUCAUGGAGAUUUGCUUCAUUGGCUUCGACAUAAAAGACGUCAGGUAUUAAAAAUAAUUACCAACUGAUAAUUUAUGCCUCUGUUCAGUCAUAGGAUCACACGGAAAUGUGGUAAAUAACGAAAGAAAAAAAAUCGGCUCAUGGUUUGCUUUUUGAUGUUCUUACCACAUUUUUUUGUAUUCAAAGAUGUUUAAUUGAAGACGCGCAGCAAGACAGAAUCUAGUAUUUGAUUUGGGCAUUAAUUAACGGAAGAAAAUAUACACUUUACGAAUGGCAGUGGUUAUAACUUGCAACUGAUGACUGUUGACUAAGAAACAAUUGGCAAUUCUCUGAGAAAAUGCGCGAAUACUAUGCCAUACGACAGUGCAUUUACGUGAUUAUAGCUCUUAUUUCCUCGAAGCAUUAACUUUUCUUGGAUUUUAUGUUACUAGAUUACAUAACAAUUCAUUUUCUUAUACGCCGGCAGUUUUUCUUGUUAUAAAUCCGAUUGUCACUGACUGAUGGGGAUCACGUGCAUGAGCAUACCGAAAUUGAAAAAAAAAAUGUAUCUACGAGUUUAAUAAUAUUCGCAUGCGUGAUAGAGUAAAUAACAGCAUGUGAUAAAUGAGCGGGAAAAGCACGUGAUUAGAUCAUUGCAGAGUGGCUUGUCAUUUGAGUAGGAGCACCUCGCAGCUCACGCCAGAUUUACCAUCUUAAUUUCAUAUUAGUGAGCGUCGUCGUUCAUUCUCGUCAACCAGUGGUUGGAGCGCUUUCAUAGCGCGUCUAUGCAUGAUUGCGCCCAAAAUGUAUAUAUACCUUGCAGGUCUACAUACUUUGUGAGACAGGAAGUAAAUGUCCCGAGAACAAUAAGCAUUCGGCGCGAUGAUCUUCUUGAAAAUGAAACAGAACCUGAAGUUAAAGAAGAAAAAGAAAGAAAAAAAAAUUAACAUGAAAAGUUCGGGCAAAAGGAAAGUGAAUUGGACCCCACAAAUAUUAAUGGGCCUAUUACGUUGUAAGAGGGAAGCGCAGGUGGAGAUGAAAUGGAACAAACAGACACGAGGGCUGCCGAAUGUUAUGUUUCGGAAAUGGAAAGAGAUGGGCUAUGAACACCUGCAGAUGCAAUUUCUUGUACAGAAUUUGUCCGAUAGAGUUGCAAAAGCAGAAAGAGGCUCUAAAACACUAAGAGAUCACAUGAAGAAACAACAUAUGCUGUCUGAAAUUGCACAAAAUAACAAUCAUGUUCAAGAAAGUGAACCUGGGAGAGAGAAUGCAAAGGAAUCCACUACUAUUGAGGACGAAAGAUACUUUACAAAUCAAGAGUCCCAGUCCACAGGAGAGCAAAACAGGACGAUGCCUAGAACACCAAGGCUAUCAACGACGGAAGAAUACAAUGGACAAUCAGAAAUUCAUGUAACCCUGUUCAACAAGGCGAUGAAAGUGUACAGUGAGAUCUAUGAUGAUAGAUGGGACCUCAACAAACGCCAGUGGUAAAAAAAGCGAAGAAUGUUCCAGCAACUAAAGAACAAAAGAUCUUUAAUUAAGUACUAGAUAGGCUAAUUUCUAAAAAGGUCGGCUGUACUGAAACGGAACCUGAAGAAAAGCUAUGGAAAUUAAAUUGUAUUAUCUAUUCAGUUGCCGUUGCUUGGCGACAUGUGAACGAUGACUAUCUAGGAACCUCGCUGGGACGAAAACAAAGGCCAAGGAAUGUGAAAUGUAGAAAGGAAAAUUUUACAGAGAGAUAGCUUUUAUCAAAAGCCUCGGGCGAACACGAGGCAAUACAAAAGGAAUCCAAGAUGACGAAAAGGCGCGUGAAAAGACGGAAACAAAUCAGCGCCAAAUGUAGGACUCUUUUUGUUAAAGACCUAACAGGAUUUAUUGAAAAAUUCUAACAGCAAUUCCCAAACUCAUUAAAUAUUCAUGAUGUUGUCGCCCAACGAGAACGCCUUAUUCUGGUCAGGUGAAUGAAUUGAGAAACCGAAUGAAAAACAAAUUGAAAACCACACGUGUUUGGAAACGAUUUCAAAACAGUGUGGUGUGUAAAAUGUUUCUCAAUCGCAUAUUCAAAAAGAAAGACCAAAGAUUAAAGAGUUGUAAUACAUUUUAGAGCAAGCUUAUUUAUUGCCAACAUUCAAUGUAACAGUAUCAAAGUAUCGAAAUAAAUAAUGAAAAGUGUCACAUAAAGCAACACUACUUUUGUCCGAAGCAUCGAGAGGAUUAAAAACGACGUAUUUCCACACACAAUCAGGUAUAACGUUUUGGCUUGAUAUCUUUCCUUUGACGGUUUGGCAACUUCUUGGAUAAACUUUGUCAGCCAGUAAUUAAGGCUUGAAGCAUCUAUUUGAACUAACGAAACUAGCUUCCAAGAACUUAACUGUGUGCAGAUCAUACUGUUCAAAGAGACCGCCCGGUUCCGACGUUGCAACAUUAGGAAAUCAAGCUUUCCAACAAUCAUCAAAAAUUCCAGCCGCCCAUUUGUUUUUUAUAUCGGGUAGACAUAGGUAUAGCACUGCAUGGCCACACACGUUUCUUCUUCAUCUUCGCAAGUUUCAAGACGUCUAAAUCUGUGCUCUGCCAUCCGUAUUGCGAAGCAACGUGUUUGCUUAGAAGUCACAAAUUUAACAGCUAAGUAACAACGUGGCAUUGAAUGCAAAUGAAAUAGUAUCACACACCAGCAAGCACUAACUAGGUGACAAGUUCACCUUCCACGUCUCAAAUAAGAUGUGGUUGAAUUCCGAAAACGUCUUAAAAUGAUAAUUUCUAGUAAUUUUCUUUGUUGGAAAAGUAAUUUCAAACGCUCGAAAACAAUAAAACCAUGUGAAAUGUUUUCUCGUGUUUGGAAACCUAAUGAAAUCCCUGCACUCGUUUUUGAAAUAGUACUUGAAAAAUCUGUCACGAAGGAAUAAAAAACUAAAAGCUCAGCGGCUUCAGCAGAAAUGGGACAACGCCUACAAAAAUGACCCGGUAUCUGUAUACAAGCUCCUCACUAAAACCUUGGAUAGACAGAAAAGUCAGUAUAUCCCGAGUUUUUCACAAGAUGAGAAGAAUUUUGAACAGUCAACUGAACAGCAGAGAGAACAGACAUACUUUAAAAAUGUUGUUGAGGUUGAUUCGUAUUGGAUAGAAUUGUGGGAAACUGAAGCUGAAGAGAGUCUGAAUGCAGACUGGAUUAAAGAGAUCGAGGACAGUAUGGGUCAGACAGGAGGAGGAGAUCACAGGAAAAGUUGAAGUCUCGGUCGACGAGGUCAUAAGAUCCAUUGAGAUUGUCUAGCACGGACAGAAACAAGGAGACACCCUCUUCCCAUUACUCCUUUAUCAUGUCGUGGAAAUUGAAAACAUUACAAGGGUACAAGUUGUUUAAGCCAGUGGACAGUAGCAUAUCUCACGCCUUUUUCAUUCGCCACCUUAAGCUCUAUUCUAGCUCAGAGGGACAGCAGGGGAUCAAGGUAGCGCUAACGCACCAGAUGAUAGAUGAUAUGGGCUUAUCGAUGGCAGCCAAGAAAACCAAAACCAUUUCAUUGGCUAGAAAGACGUUGGUCUGCGACGUUGGUCUGCGACCGUCAGACGACGUGAUGAUUGAAGACUUAGUUGACAGCCUUACCAAAGAUUCUUGGCGUGGAAGAAGCUGAGCGACAAGGAAACAAAUUUGUUCUAAGGACAGCUGAAAAGGAAGAUAUCCGACGCGUCAGUGUAAUCUCAGACACGACCAUGCCCUACCAGAACAAAGUAAACGCCAUCAACAUAUUAAUUUGUCGAGCUGGUAUCCGCGUUCUUUAUCCCAGUGCUUUUCUUCUCUCACGAAGAUAUUAGUGAGGUUGAUUUGAAAAUCAAAUGUCUCUUAACUGAGAGGGAAGUGAGAUAUCCCCAACACCUUAACACCUUGUUCUACGCAUCCCGUUCAGUUGGUGGCUGCGGGCUGAAGAAAGUGACAAACAUCGAUCUACAAAGAAGCCAAGAACAAGUCAGCUUUAAGAAUCACCACAUCUAAAGAUUCGAAAUUGCAGGCCGUUGUGCAAUUCCAAGAAGAUAAGGAGGUAGAAGGCUGAAUAUCAAUGCUUAAAGAUGCUAAGAAAUGUGCUACGGACAUGAAUGAGGAUGAACUUAGUGCUAAACAAUGAUCCCAAACUUUCAUUUGAAACAGCAGAAGGGAGAACUUACACUGUCAUUUUUCAGACCUAAACAGCGCCAGAAUGUUGCUGGUCAAAAGGACGUUGGGUGAGACAUAAGUGGAUAUCAAAGAAAGCGUCUGGCAGGGGCACAUUGUGUCCCACUCUGUGAUGAAACAGUUGAACUAUCAGAGUGCUUUAAUUGGAGCAACAAAUGAAAAUCGGCUCCAACCUACACGAUCUGCGCACGGAACGAAAUUUAUAAGCAAUUCAUUAGAACAAGGGUACGGCAAUCCUUAUGAUAGCCUAUGCUACAGAGAAGAAAUGCAGGAAAUGUGACGAGUUGACUGAAACAGUGGAGCAUAUUCUAUCUGGUUGUCCAGAGCUAGCAGAAAGACAGUACCUUUACUGACAUAAUGAUGCACUCAAAUGAGUUUUAAAUGAGCUACUCAUAGCUCAUCAAUUGAGAGAGAAGCCACUUCUGCUGAGACAGGAGGCUCGCAGUUUCUAUAGCAAUAAGAUGUGGAAAUAACGUGGAGUUGUUCUAUAGCGACUGAACCUCGUCAGGAGACAAGAAGAUAAGGAAAUCUACAUAACUGAGAUGGAGUGCCCGAGUUGGAGAAAUAGGGCAGAUAAGGAAGGGCGUAAAACCAUGAAGUACACAUCCGUGAGAGUCGAACUUAGGGUGAGACAUCCUGAUUUUAAGAUUAACCAAACUAAUACUAUAUUGGAUGUCCUUGGAGAAUACAGCAAAGGACUGAGAGAGCAACUUACCACCCUGCUCAGAGAAACUGCUACAAGAACAGUGUUAGCUCUAUGCAAAGACUAUCUUGUUGCGUUCGACUGGUCUUGAAAUUGACAGGGUAAAUUAUAUGGAACAGUGCAAUGUUGUGAAUGAUAUGCUCUACAAGGCGAAAGAACAGCAUUAUUCAGCAGUUAUUCAGGAAAAUGCCCAUGAUAGUAAAUUACUUUUUCGCACAGUUGAUAAAUUACUGCAAAGGAGUAUAGACAAAAGAUAUCCGUCUGUGAACAGUGACCAAGAACUCGCAAAUGCCUUUGCUGAUUUCUUUAGUGCCAAGAUUGUGCGAAUUCGUGAUGAGUUGCUGGUUAGAAAAGAGCAGCUGGGGGAGCGCACCAUGGAGGAUUUUGAGUGUACGUCAUGCUUUAGCGAGUUCACAAUGGUAACAGAUGAAGACGUCGUAGGGUUCAUUAGGGGUUUAACUAUUAAGGCAUGCGCACUGGAUCCACUUCCAGCGAGUAUCAUGCGGAAAUGCUAUUGUAGUCUUGUCCCUAUAUUUAGAAGGGUGAUAAAUUUGUCAUUGUCAUCUGGAUUGCUGCCCAAGGAACUUAAGGUAGCGCUGCUAUCACCUAUUCUUAAGAAAUUAAAUGCAGACUUUGAGCAGUUUAGUAAUUUUCGCCCUGUAUCAAAUUUAAAGUUCCUAUCUAAAUUGAUAGAGAAAACAGUGUUUGUGCAAUUGAAUAGCUAUCUUGGCGAAAAUGAUCUACACGAGCCUCUUCAAUCAGCGUACAAGAUUUUUCACAGCACCGAGACUGCACUUCUCACUGUUACAAAUGACAUUAUGCUGUCAUUGGAUAAGGGCGAGAAUAUUUUCCUUCUUUUAUUGGAUCUGUCGGCAGCAUUUGAUACCGUUAACCAUUCCUUCCUGCUGGCACGACUGCAGAAAUCAUUUGGCAUCAGAGGAACUGUACUGCAAUGGUUCGAUUCUUAUCUUUCUCAAAGAACUCAGUUUGUAAACAUCAAUGAAGCGAAUUCUACGGUACGAGAUCUUCCCGUGGGUGUUCCCCAAGGUUCAGUUCUGGGACCUGAACUUUACCUUCUGUAUACUGCGCCACUUGCUAAAGUGAUAAGAUCUUAUGGCUUAGAUUAUCAUCUAUACGCCGACGAUACUCAGUUAUACUUUGCAUUCCAAUCGGUGGAUGUGGACGCUGCUAAAUGGAGGGUCGAGAACUGCAUUCCUGCAAUAUGUCGCUGGAUGGAUCUCAACGAAUUGAAGCUAAACCACGACAAGACGGAGGUCAUGCUCAUCCACUCAAAGUAUCGUCCCUCUCCAUCCUUUCAGUCCUCAUGUGUUGGUGAUGAGAGCGUGGCUGCCUCUCAGUCGGCUAGGAGUCUUGGUGUUAUCUUUGAUGAGCACAUGUCUUUUCAUGCACAUGUGUCUAGCAUCUGCAGAUCAUCAUUUUAUCAUCUGAGGAACCUAUCUAGAAUUAGGAAGUAUUUCACUAAAGAAUCAGCAGAAGUUGCUGUUUAUGCAUUUGUCACAUCAAAACUAGAUUACUAUAAUGCAUUACUAUACGGCCUACCUAAGUAUCAGUUACAAAGAUUGCAGUAUGUACAAAACACAGCGGUUAGAGUUGUGUUGCAAGUGAGUAAGUUUCAGUAUAUCACACCUGUUUUGUGUGAGCUUCACUGGCUACCGAUACAAUAUCGUAUUAUUUUCAAGAUUCUGCUGCUCGUGUAUAAAUCACUGAAUGGGAUAUCGCCUAGCUAUUUAUCUCAGAAACUACAUUAUCGUUCCCAUACUAGAUCAUUCAGGUCUGUUAGUAAUGAACUUUUAAUGAAACCUAGAUCGUAUACCAAGACCUACGGAGAUAGAGCAUUCGCUGUUCAUGCACCAAGAGAAUGGAACUUAAUACCUUAUGAAAUUCGGAAGUCCAACACCAUCUCGAGUUUUAAAAGAUCACUUAAGACGUACUUGUUUACUAAAUUCAGUAAUAACGGAUCAUUGUUUUUAUAGAUUUGUAUAUAUUGCGUUAGUUUUAAUUUUUGCCUUUUUUUAUCAUUAUGAAUGAAAUGGUUUAAUAGUUGCUUUAGUUUUAAUUUUUUCCUUUUUUACUCAUUGUAAAUAUAAUAGGAUAUGGUUGUAAAUUUGUAAAUAUUUUUCAAUAAUGUUGUUUACAUGACUGUAAAGCGCCUUGAACAUAGGAUAAGAGCGCUAUAGAAAUAAAGUUAUUAUUAUUAUUAUUAUUGCCAAUUAUUAGAAUAAUUAAGCGUGUGGUAGAAUGAAUUACAAGUCUAUUCACUUCAUUCAUUCUGUGCAAGAUUAACGCAUUUAUACUUGUGUGUAUAUAUAUAUUUUUGCUUAUUUUAUUUUAUUCUUUAAAAUAGUGAAAGUAGUUAUUUGACUCUGUCCCUCCCUUUGUCCGAAGGUCUUCAGAUAUGUACAAACAACAGACAAGUGUCAAUAAAGAAAGAAAGAAAGAAAGAAAAAAGGAAAUGAAGAAAAGUUUAGAAGAAGAGGACGAGGAAGAAAAAGGAAAAAAAAGAUUUUUGCAUUCAAUUAAAAAGAAGAAGAAAUGAAAAGAAAAAGAGGAAAAUGAAAAUAAAUUCUGAACUAACUUGUUAGAGAAAAUGUUUUAGAAAAAAUCCAAGCAAUGAAAAAAAAAAAAAAAAGAAGAAGAAGAAGAAGAAGAAGAAGAAGAAGAAGAAGAAGAAGAUAAGAAAAGGAACGAAAAGAAAAGAAAAGAAAAAAAAAUUGCCCGACCUCUUUUCUGGCAUUUUGCAAGGAUUUUUUUUCCACAAGAAGUGCGCGUCAAAUCUCCUUCUUUGCGCUUCUAUUUUAGGCGUCCGUUUAGACAAUAAGGUUAACUAUUUUCCUCAGGGCCAGAUAUUUCGUAUAUAUAUGUAUAUAUAUAGUAAGCCAUAUCAAAUCAUGAUCCACGACGUCUUACUUUAUUCUUUUUUUUUUUUUUUUAUGUCGGCUUGAUUAGAUAAGCAGUUCCAUGCUACAAAUCACAACAGGGGCUGCUAAGCACACAGAGCUGUAUGCUGGGACACCAACUUGGAACGCGAACGCGAUUGGUGAUCAGGUACAUAGCAGCUACUUGAAAUAUAAGUUAUAAUUCUUUCUAUGAACUUCCUAUUUUCAAAUAAAGGUAAUCUUGUUAAUUAAUAUUUAGAAUUUCCUAUUAUUUUUUCGGUUAGACCCAAUAAAGGAUUAAGGAUUACUUCUUAAAUGGUCAAAAAUUGGUUUCGAUUAAUUACAAGUAACCACUAUAGCUCUUUUAUUCAAUGUGUUACAACAAUUACAACUGCAAAUGGAACAUGUAAAUGCUUUUGACGCAAACAUAUACCGGUUGAACCUUACAAAGAAAAUAAUCUAUUUUUAAAAACUAUAGCAAAUAUUCCAAACACACCUAUCGACUGCAAGCCCCUUAUGGAAAUUGUGAGGUUGUCGGGGGUUUUUCAUUGAUAUUCUGAAUCCUUGUGAAGUUUGUGAGAACUUAAAAUUAAGAUGUUUAUUUAUAGUUUUAAAUGUCAUGUUUUAGACGGAAAUGACUAGGAAGUUUACUUUUAUGCGUCUCUAAACAACAUAAAACACCUUUUACUUGUUUUUAAACAACCACCAUUCUAUGAUAAGUGAUACUUUAUGACUGAACCAUUCAGGAUGACGUGUCAACUGAAAAGAAAACAGUUACCUUGGGAGUACCAACAGUGAUAACGUUUUCUGCUUUUGAUGUGGUGGAGAAAAACCGUGGUGAUUUUAAUCGUGAAGAGGAAUGUAAAAUAUCCAUGCUGGUAUCUUCGGCAUCAAAUCAGGUACAUUUCAAAGUUUUUUUCCUCUUUAAAGGAUCCAGAAAGCCUAACCGUAUUCAAACCAUUUGCCAGUCGCGUUUUGAUAUUUGGGACUACACUUUUUCUCGGAGAGUUAAGGUGUUUCGACAUAGUUUUUGGGAGACCAUGCCGAUGUUUUUGAAUCACCCUAAAAGUGAUUUUAUCCUUGUUCGAUUUACAGAAUUUUUUACUUCUCUCGAAGGGUAUUUGCUAAACACCACACUGUAAGUUCCUGGUGUCGGGAUCGUCAGUAGCAGGUCUAGAUGGUGUAAAAUUUGGAUUCUAUCGAUUUCAAAGUUUUUUGUUUAUUGUUGUCAUAGUGAUAUCGAUUUUACAAAAAACUGCAUUUUGACAAACUUCAAUUCAUAGUUGCUGAAAAGUUUGUAACGAUCGGACAAGGACAAAAUAACUUUUAAGGCGAUUGAAAAACAUCGGUAUGGUCUCCGAAAAACUGCAGUAUCAAAACACCUUAAGUAUUUUUUACUUUGAGGGGACAAAUUGUGGCUAGAUGUUGAAAAUAAUGAGUACAUUAUUCUGUGUUAUUUUGGUGUCCGUAUCAUGAGCGGUUUGGAAGUUAUAGAAGGGUGGGAGGGGGGCAUUUAGACUUGCCAGAAGUCGACCUCACGAGAGUUUCAAAGCGAUCGGAGCGAGCUUUUUAGGCCGCGAAGCGACCGACCGAGCGACGAAGUCGAGAGGUCGAUUUGUCUCGCUUGAAAGGUUUUUUAUUUGAGUUUCGCGCCAAAAAAGGGGAGUGGCGUGACUCGUCUUCGGAGUUUGUGGUUAUAUUUGGGAGUCUCUGACUUUAUUGAUUCCACUCCGUCAAAAAACAAUCUAACCUGUGUAUAUUUCCCCGAUAUCGAAAGGGCAAAUUUUUCAACUCUGUAAUGAAGUUGUCACAAACGAAGAGAUUUCAGGAGUAAUAACGACCUCAGGGGGGUUGGCGGAAAAAACAAAGCUUGUUUUAAUCUCAAGUCCAUAUUUGGAAAGGAGAUCUCCAGUGACGGUUUUCUAACGAAUAUUUUGUGCCGUAAAUGUGCCGACAAGAAUGAAGCCCUUGUUCGGAAGCUUCACGAAUUAAGGUGUUUCGAUACAGUUUUUCAGAGGCCAUACCGAUAUUUUUUAGUCGCCUUAAAAAAGUUUUUUUUCCUUGUCGGAUCGCUAUAAAAUUUUCACCAGCAAUUUUGCGAUGGAUUGAAAUUUGUGAAAAUAUAGUUUUGAGUAAAAUCGAUAUUACUAUGACAAAAAUAAACAAAAAACUUUGAAAUUGAUAAAAGCCCAAUUUUGUGUGAUCUAGACCAGCUACUGAAAAUCCAAGGCUAGGAACUUAAAGUUUGGUGUUUAGCAAACAAUCUCCGUAAGAAGUAAAAAAUACUGUAUGUUUGAAUUCAACUAAAACUAAGACAUAUUUCAAACCUUAAAUUUUCAAUAGCCGUGAUAGAUUAUUUAAUAAAAACGUUAUAAAUGACUCAAAUUAUUCUUAAGUAGCGUCAGAAUGCUGCUUAAUAUCAUAUUUUAAUGCUAAGAAAUAUUGGUUUUGGCGCCGUACAAACGACUUAUUGACGAGAUAAACAAAACUAACUACGAGAGAACGACUGGAGAACUGACAAUUUGACUAACAAUAGGCGACUGUUUGACUGUGACAACAGACGGAUCGAAACGCACCAAUUACUGAUUACGAAUCUUCAUAGCCAAUAACAUCACGGCCUAACUGACAGACGACCAAUAACAUAGCGACGUAAUCGACCAAUCAGAUCAAUAACCAGAGUAUAAUACCAUCAACUGACGUGGUACAACUCACUUUGACUCUGAAGAUGACUACCGUACAGGUUGUCGAAACGUCAGUCACUGUCAAUAACAACAGUCCUAUUCAGGACUAUGUUCACCCGGACGAUCAAACUCAACCUACUUUUGAACAUUCAUUGUUUUGACGUUAUGCUAAUUUUUCCAAAAUAAUGGGCACUUUACAUACCUCCAUGCCUUGUACAGUUUAGUUCGAAUUUAUCGCAUCUUUUGAAAGUAAAACAUUGACAAUACUCACACUGAAAUGUACUAGUCAUGGAUAUUUGUAUAGUUCGCAUUAAUUUGGAAAAAUUAGCAUAACGUCAAAACAGUGAAUGUUGUAGCGAGGAUUUUUGACCGGUUCGUAGGAUAGGUUUGUCUUGAAAUUUCAAGGUGUUUAAUACUUAGAUUUAUACUUGGAGAUUACUCGUCUCCAUACAACACUCUUCUCUCAAAAGUCAGCUCUAUUUCUUUGUUUAACAAACGCAUUCAAAAUUUCCUCAUUCUGUUAUAUAAGAGUUUGUUUUUCACUCAUUUUCCUACUUAUAUGAAGAAUAUGUUUUCACUCCGGGCCUCUUCCUAUGAUCUUCGUGGCAACUACAUUCUUUCACUAAGUAAACCUAAAACAACUACCUAUGGUCUUAACUCCUUUUCUUACUUUUCAGCUAAGCAGUGGAAUGCACUGCCGGACUUUUUUCGUACCAGUUUUUUUACAGACUUUAAGACUAAAAUACAGGAUGUUACCUUCAUGUAGAUUCUUUUUGCCUGACAUACUUAAACUUAAAAUUGUGAAUUGUAAAUGAUAUUUUCUUUCCUUGCAUUUAAUGUAUAUAUAUAUUUUCUAUAUAGUUUUUAUGUAGUGUCAGCUCGAAGAUAUUAGCUUGUUAGCUACUCUAAAAUUCGAGUUUAAAUAAAGUUUUAUGUUAUGUUAUGCAGUGAAUCAAUCUUGAUGAAAGUUUCAGACAUUAUUAUAUACAAUAUGAAGAUUAUGUGAAGAGAUUUAAAAGAAAUUCGUUGGAGUCGUUUGAGAGAUAUACAAGAAAGCGCUAAAAGUCCAAAUUUUCAAUGAAAUUUCACUUAAUAUACAAGUGGUGAGAAAACGGGUUAGUUUUCAAGAUCGCAAGAACGAAAAUAAACCAAAAUUUCCUAGCAUUAAAAUAUGAUAUUAAGCAGCAUUCUGACGCUACUUAAGAAUAACUUGUGUCAUUUAUAACUUUUAUAUUAUCAAAUGAACUAUCAGGGCUAUUGAAAAUUUAAGGUUUGAAAAAUGUUUUCGUUUUAGUUGAAUUCAAACAUACAAAAUUUGUUACUUCUUACGGAGAUUGUUUGCUAAACACCAGACUUUAAGUUCCUAGCGUUGGAGUUUCAGCAGCUGGUCUAGAUCACACCAAAUUCGGCUUCAAUUUCAAAGUUUUUUGUUUAUUGUUGUCAUAAUAAGAUCGAUUUUACUUAAAACUACAUUUUCACAAAUUUCAAUCCAUAGCCAAUUACUGGUGAAAAUUUUAUAGCGAUCGGACAAGGAAAACCCACUUUUAAGGCAAUUGAAAAAUAUCGUUAUAGCCUCUGGAAAACUGUAUCGAAACACCUUAAGUGAGAGAAAGCUUCGAAUCGUCGAGAAAGGCCAUUGCAGAGAAGAAAGGAGGGAUAGAUGCCGAGAUAGAUAAAACUCAAUAAAACGGCGCGCGCGCGCGCUUCAGAUUGUGAUAUCGGAGAGCAGAAGAAUCACAUUGCAAUCCUCGCCAAAUAAUCAAAAUAAACGAUUGAAAGCGUGUGGAGCCAGCUCAACAGUUAGAGUUUACUCAGCUUCGGUUGGAGCAGGGACAAAAAACCUUUCCCCGACAGAUAUUCUUCGAGUAUUUUCCUCUGAUAGUCACGCAUAAUCAGAAUAUCCCGCAGCCUCGAGAGCAUCUUUUAUUACAUUGCUUUUGCAAUCGACCCUAUGUUGGAAUUUCAACCGUAACUCACGUCUCAGUGCGCUUUAAAUUACUUGUGAGUGACCAUUUUAUCCCCAAGGGUCCUAAAGAGCUACUCUGACUGGUUAAAGCGCAGCGACCCGUUUUUUGGUCGCUAAAACUGGCUCCAAUCAAGUACGAAAAGUCCUUUGUCCCGCGACAUAUUAAAUCGGAGGAAGGACCUUCUUGAAAGUCUGUGGGGACUUCGAAGCUUCCUCUUCCCGGUCACAGGAAACGAAGAAAAAGCCCGGUCUGAAUAUGGUUAAAAAAGGUGCUUAAUGAACGAGGCUUGUACCCUGGUUUAACCAGGCUUUUGGGUGCACGGGUAAUGUUUACACAUUUUGGCAUUCCGUGAAAAAUCUGAGAAAAUAACUUAUAAUGAGUAUAUAACGCCUUUUGGGUAGCACAUUCACAGAGUGGUUCGAAUUCGUUUACCAUUCCGGAUCCGGAUCGAAUUAAGAAUUUAGAAAUGAUGGUUUUUUGAGGAGAGGGGAAAAGCGGAGUAUCCGGAGAAAAACCCUUUGGAGCAAGGGUGAGAAUCAACAGCAAACUGAAUUUACAUAUGUCGUCGCCCCUGGAAUUCGACUCCGGGCCAAACUGAUGGGAGACAAAUGCUCCUACCAAUGUCCCAUCUCGCCACCGAAGUAUCCCUCUGAACUUCAAGUGUAUGCCUUUUUUUUCUAUGGCCAGAUAAGAAAUGGCUGCAACUUGAAACAGUUUGGUAAACUUUUUCGAAUGAAAUUCUUGUGUUGUCAAAAGUUUACAAAAACUGAUUGUGUUCAUGCUGUUUUUUUCUUUAAGAGAGUCGCUUGAUUUAUCGUUAAGGAGUUUUUAGGUAUAAGAAAUUGAAGAGAGGAGAAAGUGGGUUUAAUUUCAGUUUAGGUAUGGACCAAAUUAAAAUGUAAAACUCGCGUUGACAUAGACUGUGGGCACUCAUUUUGUGAGUGUGUACUUGCAAUUGAUAUUAUUUAUUAUUUAGGAAGUUGCGGAAACAAGCAACUUGUUGGGGACAAAUGCUGAGCCUUGCACUGUGGACAUGAUGGAACGAGAGGAAGCUGAUUUUGAGAGUGAGGAUGACUGCAAAAUACCCUUGAUCGUAUUCUCCCCACCAAAUCAUGCCGAGGUAAAUAUAAUUUUAUAAGUUAAGGACAAAAAAAUUGCAGCUUCCCUCCUCCUCAAAAAAUCUUUUUCUUUUUUCAUACAUAGGCAGGUCCGUAAAAUGUUGAACACAUUUUCAAAAUUAGUGUUGACUUAAUGAUUUUGAUUUAGCAGUGCCGCAAAAUUAUCAUGUUUUAUAAUGCCAAAACACCUUGGGAAGUGUUUGGUGGCUGCUCUUAAUAAAAAAUGCUUAAAAAAUGUUUAGGGUUAAGUGCUUCGCUUAUAAAUAUCCUCACUGAGGAAUUAAUUUACCCUAUAUCAUCUUUUGAUCUCCCCCCGAGAGGGGCUUUCUUUUAAAGCACGUUUCGGGGCGGGGGAUUAGUAGAGAAGAGGGCUUGUAUUGAGAGAGGGUCUUACUUAAUUUAGCAAAGAUGAUGGACAGGUAUUAGUCCUUUAUAAAACCGCUAUAAAACAAAGUGGAAAAGCUCAAGUGUCUCCAACCGAAGAUCAAGGGCAAAUCUGAACUUCCAGCACUUGAAUACACGAUACAGGAUCAGUCCACAUAAAGUGCCUAUUCAGUUUAUCAUUUAUUAAUUUUGAUAUGAGGAAUAAUAAGGGAGACGAAGGAGAGACCUAAUAGGAAAGGGGGGGGGGGGAGGUAUUUAUUUUGUUCCCCUGUAUACUGGGGGGCUUAUAAGAGAGGGGAGCCUAAUAGAGGAUUUACGGUACAGUAAAAACCCGCGAAUACGAACCUGCAUUUUUACAAGUUAGCCUAAACAGUUUCUUGUAUAAAUGGUAAUUAGCACAAAUUUAGGCUAUUUAGGUUCUUAAAUAGGUCAGCUCUUAUUUUUCUGAAGAAAAAAAUACAUUGUAGCUAAGAGUACUUUUCAUACAGUAUGGUUCUGGUUCAAUUGUUCAUCAUUCCAGAGACUCUGACUCUGCUGAUGUGUAGAUACAAUCAAUCUUAUUGAACAGUCGAUACUAUUAUUUCUGGCUCAUAUAAUUUAUGUACUGUAUUUUAUACUACUACAUGAGAAAUUUCUGCAAUUUGAUUGGCUUAGAGCAGUGGUAUUUCAGCUUAAUUUGAAAUACCUACUUGUGAAAAUUACAAUCUUUUGCGGGUAGUAGUAUAAACAAAUAAUAGCAUGAUUUGUACGUGAUAUUUGGCAUAAAUACCACUCGUGAUAUUUCGAAAUUGUCUCACAUUUCACUCGCCUAACGGCUCGUAAAAUUACCUAUAACAAUUUCGAAAUAUCACUCGCGGUAUUUAUGCCAAAUAUUACUACUAAUCAUGCUAUUACCCAUAAUAUAUAGAUUUAGCCAGGGCUAAAAGCGAAGCUUCCAUUAAUAAAUUCAUAAUUUAAAUCAAACAAUAAACUUGUAUUCCAAAAUUCAGAUAACUUUACAACACAUUCAUGUGACCUUUGAAGGAAAGGCUAAGUGAUAUUAGAGAAAAAUAUUUUGCAAAGAACCGCCAAGAGUGAACCAAAUCUUACAUCAAGUUUACAGCCUCAUUAAUAGCAACCAUCUUCGAUCACAUUUAAGAACCACAAUGGGCAGGCUCUUGAUCGCCGUAGAUUAAUUAGGCCUGGAAAAAAAAUCAGACCGAAUUUUUUUGCGUCGGACAAGUUUACUUUACAAAAUCUUGCCAACAAAUCUGGGUGAGUGACAUCCAACCUUUUUACCAUUUGUACAUCACAUCUGAGGUGAAACAGUGCUAUAAGGCACUGUUUUUAUCAUACAGACCUCUGACAGAAUGCAGUAUUUCACAAUUUUGCAAUACAAAUUACACUCAUUCAAUAUUCAGGACGAUCGAAGCACGCCUGGGCUUUUAGCUAAGCCGUUAAAAUAAUUUCCAAAAUCACCUAUACGGCCACCCGGUUCUCACUUUUGCAGCUCAUGAGCUGUGGUCGACUGUUUGAACGAACAUUGAUAGUUUCGCUCCAACACAAUGAAGAAUUUAUUAUGUUUAUUUUUUGUUUAUUUUAUCGAUGUGUGAUCUUCAAAAGCGUUUGACACACGCGGCAGUUUGAGUACUCGUGAAAGCGAUGUUGACACUGAACGACUGAAAACAAACGGCACAGCGAUUAAAAUUACAAUAAAGACUGCUAACAAUCAAUGAAAGAAAUAUAAUCCGGUGAAAAUAUACAGAAAUAUACAGAAAUAUACAGAGACAACAAUUUUCAUUCACGAAGACAAGUAUUAAAGUGUCUCUAAGAAUCCUGAGUCUUCAAGCUUAAGCUUAAAAGCCGGCUUCCCGGUGUUUGCUAUUUUCAAAGAUGAACUCGAGGCAAGAAAAUCGCUCAAAGCUUUCUUUUACAGCUAGGAUUAUAACUAAAUAUUCUUUGAAACGUUUUCUUUUUAUUUGCGGUAAGAAAAUGUCUAAAGACUUUUUAAAGUUCUGUAAGCUUAUAUCAAACCUGAUGCUCGGUCAGAUUGUCUCAAAACGUACAAACGUGCAUAAACUAAAUAGCCGCAUAAACUACGCUCGACUUCAUUAAAUUAGAUAUAAAAAAAACAAACAUCAAAUACAAUCAUUACUCAGGCUUACCAUUCGAGAUGCAGCUCCUGAAAGGUAUCAAGUAAGGCCAGUAUCGCUUCAGAGUUUUCAAGCAAGGUGAAAAACGAAAACGAUGCCAUCCGAAAUCGGAUUUCCGACUUUGACAAGCGACGCAUCUCUCAACCAAAAAACCAAUAAACUAGCCAUGAAUAACAGAAUACUCUUGAUAGCAGCUGUAUUUCAUGUUUGUACAUCCAGUAGAAAAAGACAGUUAAAAAAAUCACAAGUUGACACAAAACUCUGUCAGCUUCAGCCGUCAAAGUAAACAAGAUUCAAGAUGCUGCAUAAAUUUUCCGCAUGAACUCACCUGUCAAAUUUUGACCAAUCAGAGCAUAAAAAUUCGACGUAGAGCGUGACCAACGCGUGACCUUGGCAAGAAAAGGUCUUCUCCGCCUGUAUUUCUAAAUAACUGGCUGAAUUUUCGCGUCCAAGGUUAGUUUGAAAUCAAAAUCUUAAUAGUCCGGGGCCAUAGUGACAUAAACAUAACAUAUUUCAUAUGACUUUUUAAAAAAAUAAACUUGAGCCUGCGAUCAUUUGAAAACUAGUAACUUGUCAGCGGAUAACUUCAAAAAAGUACUCGACCUCGAUGGGUCGACACCUGAGCCCGCGAUACCAUCAGGUGGCCAGCCAGCGGAUACCUUGUUUUGACAGAUGUCAAUUGAUCCAUGGAUAUUAUCCAUGAUUGAUCACAACAUUGAUGAGCAAUCAGUUUUCUCCUGGGCUCCCAAAGUGGUUAGAAAGUGUGAAACUAAGCAUUGGUUUUCCUGUGGUGCGGACGGAUGGUUAAAAGCAACUAUCUUCCUUGCAUAGCUGGCUGAAUUUUCGCAUCCGAAGUCAGUUUGAAAUCAAAAUUUUAAUUGUGCGGCACAUAAACACAACAUAUUUCCAAUGAAUUAAAAAAAAAAUAUACUUGAGCCUGCGAUCGAUUGAAAACUAGUAACUUGUCAGCGGAUAACUUCAAAAAAUACUGACCUUGAUUGGUAAACACCUGAGCCCACGAUACGCUCAAGUGAUACUAGUCAGCGGAUAUCCUGUUUCGACAGCUGUCAAUUGAUCACAACUUUGAUGUCCAAAAUGUAUGCAUUAUCAGUUUUCCUGUGCUCCCAAACUAGCUAGAAAGUAUGAGAUUGAACAUUGGUGCCCUGUGCUGCGGACGGACGGGCGGUGUACGGUCAAGUGAUUACCAAAUUUUCUGGGAUGGGUAGGUUACCUUAGCUAUGGGGCUCCGCCCACGCGCGCGCUUCGCGCGUAUGUGGAGCUCCGCUUUUAAUUUGUAAUUGCAUUCAUAACAAUUUUUUUUUCAACAUUGCAUUGGCAUUUAUAUUCCAGUUGGUGUGAUGAGGCACCUAUGUCUCCCAUGUUUAAGAGGAUUCUGAGAGUUGACUUCCCUCUUUUUUUUAUAGAUUUUAGAAAAUAAUAACCUGUUUCAAAUUUUAGGCUAAAAAGGUUCUUGUAUAGAGGGGGCCUUAAUGGCAAAUUUUAGCCUACCUAAUCAAUUAUGAGAAUAUGCAUAUUUUGUUAAAUACUAUUUAGAACGGUUUGCUUUCAUCAGCAUCCUGAAAAGUGAAUUACAAAUGCGGCGCAAGGAAAAAAAACACGUGACAUUGCUUCGUCAAUGACACACGUUUUCUUAAACGGGGAAGGGUUGCAAACCUUAAUCUUGGAAGGGUUGCAAACCUUAAUCUUAGGAAUUUUCACUACCAAAAUGUUACAUAAACAGUGUAAAUCGUAAAUCUGCCUUGUAUGAUUGGAAAUGUUAUUUAUCCUAUCAGAUAUUUAACUAAUUAAUAAGUCACGUGACUCUUUUCCCUUUGUUUAACGAUUCCUUUAUAACGUAAACACACAUGCAAGGCAAAUUUUUCAGGACCUUUUUAAUAAUAGCCUCUGAAAUGUACCUAAAAGAACUUGUUGCUCUUUUAUUAUCCUUUCCCCAUUUUAGAGGAAAUAUUUUGACCGUUAUUUCUCAAUUAUCAGUCACGUACGAACAUUUGAGCUUCUAAAAUGUCUCAUAUUGCUAAGGCCAUUAAGCUACUUUUGUAGUUCAGUUUUCAGGAUCAUUGAGAAAAGCAAACCGUUCUAAAUAGCACUUUAUCAAAAUAUGCCUAUUUAAUUAGAUAAUCAUGUGGCCUGUGUUCUUAAAGAACAGGAUCUUAGUCGUGUUUUUUGCCGUGUCUGCAAGUUUUAUCACGUGAAUUAUCUAGGAUACAGAACCAAUCGAAGAAAGACCAAAUAACUCCGAAGCAAGUGGGGGACCUUCAAGCACUCCCGACGGCAAGAAAGAGCAAGGAGAACAAAGAGAUUUUGACGAUGACGAUCAAUGCAAAAUCCCAAUGACAGUGUUUUGGUCGUCGAUCCAGGAAGAGAAUGCUGCACCCAAGACAGAUGAGAAAGAGUGUGAUAACGAUUGUGAGACGUUUCAUCCAACUGACGCGAUGUCCUUUGCGUGGCAGACUGCACGAGGAAUGGUGGGCGUAUUUAGAUUUUGUUGUGUCUCUUGGAAACCAUGACCGGUUACAAUGUAGUCUCCGUAGAAUGUUCUGAUUUUACAAAAAUGGUGUAUGGUUUAAAUUUGAAGAUGUUGUAACGAGAGUGCACAUUACAUAACAUUAUAGAAAGUGAAGAGAUUCGGCGCCAGAGAAAAUUAGAUUUCAUCAUGAUCAUUUUGUUUGUGCGAUGUUUGCAUAUAUUUAUAUCUGAACAUAAUUUGGUUUCAAGGAUGACGUUAAUUUUAGCAAAAGAACGGAAAGAAAAAAAAGAAGAAGAAGAAAAACGAGGAACCUCGUCCACAAUCAUGAUUAAAGAAAAUUAUUGCUACUGAUAACGCCAUAUACGGAGUUACGAGUUGAGCCAAACUAUGUUUAUUUUAUUUUGUCCACAAACGUUAAAAAUGGGUACUUCUUGUUUGUUGGUUGGUUAUUUUGUUUUAAGCCAUUUAUGGAUCACCGUUUUUGGCUCAUUAUAUUAUAAUAUCAUUAUAUUAGCAAACAUAUACAUAUAUCUAAUUACAUAUCGCAUUCACUUAACUGGGUUACACUAUUCAGAGCUACCUCUCUGAGAAGGGCCUAGUUCACAGGGAUCUUGCUGCAAGAAACAUUCUUGUUGGGCACGGUAAAAAACUCAAGAUUGGAGACUUUGGUUUGAUGCGAGAAAUGUAUCAUGAGCUGUAUAAAGUUAAGAAGCAAAAGAAACUGCCCAUCAAGUGGAUGGCACCGGAGGCGAUUCAUGAGCAGAUCUUUACUUCCAAAAGCGACGUGUAUGUACUAAUAGAUAUAUACAGUACUACAUACAGUGUAACACCGAUAACGUGUGCGAGUAAUCUUGAAGUAAUGUUUAAAACACGAUCAACAGUGUUAUAUUUCUGCACAACAUUUGUUAGCUUUGGCUGCUUUUGUUUAACUUUUUUUUUCAAUCAAAUAUUUAGCAAUCCUAUCGAAAUUAAAUACUCCGGGGACGUUUUUAAAGCUGUUCAAAGCACUCAUAGCACGUGUUUUACCACUGGUUGAAAAGUCUCGUGCUUCGUCGUGAAUUCUUCGCGCUCGAAUUUUUUAAGCAGUCAUAUAUAAAACAAGUGCUGUGUCGCAAUACGGCUAUCAAAUGAAAGAAAUUUCACAGGGAACCUGCCACACAAGAGGGAAAAAAUGUUCGAGUAGAGUGUCGCUAACUCUAACUGCAACGCGACAUAAUGGGCGUUCACCAUUUUGUCGCCCAUAGACCCAUGCAUUGGGUCCAUUCCUUCUUAGAAUGGUAACAUGGACCGCGGUUUGGUUCGGUUUCGUAUUUCGUUUCAGAAUAAGUUCUGAUCGAUCGACGGUUUGUUCAGUUGAGGAUGAACAUUUCUUAAGCCUUUUUCUGUCUGCGGAAGAAAUUUUGUCAAAUUUUGGACUUUUCAUUUAUUUGCAAAUUAGGAGGACAGUUUUUAUUUAUGUAAAAUUUCAUGUUUAUUAGUAAAAACGAGGCUGCAAAUAACGGCAUACGUCAUCACUAAUGAAGCGAUCCGGAUGGAUUCCGAAAGCUCUACAAAACUUUCAACAAAUUGUUGGGUGUUGAAGAAUUAUUUUUUUCUUCUUUUUUAUAUAAAAUAUUCAUCCUAAUCAGCAUUCUAUUGUUUCAGUCAUACCCCGUGUUCCCCUUGAAAGUUGAAUGUAGAAACCCUCCGAUCCCCUGAGUUUUCGGUUUGCUGCGUUUUAUCGGGCAUGAGGAUCCGCAAGCGACUUUUUUUUGCGAUCAGCAUGAUUUCUUAGUUGCUACGGACGCUUUGUUUUCAAAAGGUGACAAGAGAAUUUCCUGCUGUGGGAAUUUAAUUAGCACGUUAAUUUCUGGCCAAAAAACGUAAUCCGAUAAGGUGUCAACCCUGUCAUAUGCCACUACAGUAGUAAUCCUUUUGAAAGCUCAGAACGCGUUCAAGAUAGUAAAAACCAGAUGAAAAUACAACGCUAUCCAUUGUAAAAAUUAAAAUAAAGCAAACUUAAAACAAUUUCGCUUAUAGUAAAGUGUAUGCCUUGAAAAACCUUCAAGUUGCGUUCUAGAUAAUUUUUUGCCAGAUUUCAGCACGAGGAAUCCACGCGCCAGGACGCGCGAACAGCAAUGAUCAGGAAAUAAAGCGGAAGAACGAAUUGUCUUUUCAAAAAUAUAUUUUCCCUUUCAAACUGAAAUGCUUCAAGGCUAAACAAGAUUUUGCCUAUUGCGACUGGCCGGUGCUAUCUCACGAUAGCCGAUCUGUAGCGACGACACGGAGUCGAGUGUAAAUAUUGAGCCGCUUUUUAGGCAUGCGGUUGCCUGCAGUAUUUAUUUAUGCGUCGUAAUGUCAAAACAAAGAAACAAAUCAGCAAGUCGAAAAAAGGAUUGUGCAAGUAAAAGUAUAACCCAUCCUACAAUGGAAUUAAUUGGAUUUUACUUUAUAUGGUAUGCUUUUGGUAUAUCGCGCUAGAUCUGCCACGAUACUUUGUCAGAAGAUUCCUGAGAGUGAGAGCCACGAGUGAUGGCGGUGUACAUGUGUGACGAUCCUCGUCUAUUCUAUUACGCCGGUUUUUUUUCUCCUUCGCUGGAUACCGAAAAGACUUGGUAUCAUUGCUUUGAAUUCCAGCCUAUGUAAUGGAAAGCUAUGCAUGUUCGGCUCCUCCGAUUCAGUCAAGAGUUUUAGCGAGGAAUUUAAGCAGUCUGACAAGAUGGCGUUCUUGCUUGUAUGAGUUGGUUCUCCGUGCCCUCGAUGGAGGGGGCUUUUUGGUCCGCUGUCGCUCGAUAUCAUUCGCCACAAGUCCCUUAGCUAAAUCAUGUUUCUAGAAGCGGUUUUCAAGAGGUGGUGGACUGGAUCAGUUCAUUUUGAUUCAGGGUUCUGUCCAUUGGCGCCAAAAUCGAAUAGCCCGCCAAUUCCCCAAAAUAGCCCGCCAAUCCAAAAUCUCUGUACACAUCCUUCACUCAGGAAACAACCAAGUAACAAUGGGUAUGACUCGCUUUUAUUAAAUAAGAAAGUCAGUAUACCAACUUGCAUAGCAAAUUGUGAGAAAUGAGGUCAGUUAACCGGUUUAUUGUUUGUUGAAAUAUCAUUUUCUUGUAAUUAUUGUGGGACAUAAUUUUUGAAGCCCAUUGUUUCUCCCUUAUUUAAAUUCAUUUUUUUCUCCUUUCACUUCAAUUCCUGUCACUUUUCAAUGGCUAAUAAUGUUUUUUUUUUCAUAAAGGCUGAUCUCAUAAACUGUUUUGCAAAUGUGAUUAGGCAUACAGAGGUCUUAAAGAAAAGUGAAUUUUUUUUGACAGAAAACACUACAAUUAUGUUUGUUUAAAGGGCAACAUUUAACGUUAAGAAGAAAUUCUUCUUUUUCAUCGAUCUGUAUGUAUUCAAGAGUGGGUGUUUCAUACUGCCAUGAUGUUCUGCGACUCCUAAGCACAAAUUGUGAAAUGCAACAGAACACUAGGUGUGUCGCCUGUGUUUCUGUGAGUUAGAAAUUCAUGGCAUUAGAGAGAUUAAGAUUCACGUUUACGUCAAACGGCAAACGUGAAUUUGUACCACGUGACCAAGUUUUCCCCACAUUGUCGUUUCCUGUUUAUUACUUCUGCUCAAAAAUAAGUAGUUUCACGCCAGUUUUAUCCAUAAGAAUUGUUCUGGACAGUUUUUAUCUGCUUAUUUUCUAUUUUGAGAAACUCUCAACUUGAAUACGACGUUAGCAGUUUACCGUAAACGUGAAUCUUAAUCUCUCUAAUAUUAAUUCACCUGCAAACUUAUCUAAUAGUCAUCUUGAGUGAGUAGGUUUUUGAUAAUGCCAUGAUGAUCUGCGACUCCUAAGUGCAAAUUGUGAAAUGCAACAGAACACUAGGUGUGUCGCCCGUGCUUCUGUGAGUUAGAAAUUCAUGGCAUUAUGAAUUCACCUGCAAACUUAUCUAAUAGUCAUCUUGAGUGAGUAGGUUUUUGAUAAUGCCAUGAUGAUCUGUGACUCCUAAGUGCAAAUUGUGAAAUGCAACAGAACACUAGGUGUGUCGCCCGUGCUUCUGUGAGUUAGAAAUUCAUGGCAUUAUUAAUUCACCUGCAAACUUAUCUAAUAGUCAUCUUGAGUGAGUAGGUUUUUGAUAAUGCCAUGAUGAUCUGCAACUCCUAAGUGCAAAUUGUGAAAUGCAACAGAACACUAGGUGUGUCGCCCGUGCUUCUGUGAGUUAGAAAUUCAUGGCAUUAUUAAUUCACCUGCAAACUUAUCUAAUAGUCAUCUUGAGUGAGUAGGUUUUUUGAUAAUGCCAUGAUGUUCUGCGACCCUAAGUGCAAAUUGUGAAAUGCAACAGAACACUAGGUGUGUCGCCCGUGUUUCUGUGAGUUAGAAAUUCAUGGCAUUAUUAAUUCACCUGCAAACUUAUCUAAUAGUCAUCUUGAGUGAGUAGGUUUUUGAUAAUGCCAUGAUGAUCUGCGACUCCUAAGUGCAAAUUGUGAAAUGCAACAGAACACUAGGUGUGUCGCCCGUGCUUCUGUGAGUUAGAAAUUCAUGGCAUUAUUAAUUCACCUGCAAACUUAUCUAAUAGUCAUCUUGAGUGAGUAGGUUUUUAAUAAUGCCAUGAUGUUCUGCGACUCCUAAGUGCAAAUUGUGAAAUGCAACAGAACACUAGGUGUGUCGCCCGUGCUUCUGUGAGUUAGAAAUUCAUGGCAUUAUUAAUUCACCUGCAAACUUAUCUAAUAGUCAUCUUGAGUGAGUAGGUUUUUAAUAAUGCCAUGAUGUUCUGCGACUCCUAAGUGCAAAUUGUGAAAUGCAACAGAACACCAGGUGUGUCGCCCGUGUUUCUGUGAGUUUGAAAUUCAUGGCAUUAUUAAUUCACCUGCAAACUUAUCUAAUAGUCAUCUUGAGCGAGUAGGUUUUUGAUAAUGCCAUGAUGAUCUGCGACUCCUUAAGUGCAAAUUGUGAAAUGCAACAGAACACUAAGUGUGUCGCCCGUGUUUCUUUGAGUUAGAAAUUCAUCACAUUUUUAAUUCACCUGUAAACUUAUCUAAUGGUCAUCUUAAGUGAGUAGGUUUUGGGAAUGGGUUUUUGACAUUUUACUUCUCUUACUGACAAUCGGUCAUUUAGAAAAUAUUGUUGUUUGCAGUUACACUGGAUCAUAAAGGGUUGUUAUUGAUAAUGGCAUGAACUCUAUGCUAUUCUAUUUGUCCUUUCUGUUGAGUUUUGUAUCUUUUUCUGUGCAUUUAGGAUAUGGCUGGAUUCUAUUGCGUUUUGCCUUAAACUGCAGGGGAAUGAACAAGUGAAUAGUUUUCCUUAGUAUUGAAACAUGUAUUUAUUAACCUAGUAUUAUCAUUUUAACAACUACCAACUUUUAGAUGCUCCAGAAGGCUUUGUUCAAGCAAUAGCCCUUGAAGAGCAAAAAAUCAACCGGAGGCACCAUAAACUUUAUACGUUUAUGUGUCUAAAAGCUUUUCGCUGAUAUGAAAACUCAUAUCAUAAAGAUUUAAAAAUGUAGAAACUUUUGAAAUCUAAUAUUAAGCAAUCUUGGCAGGCAUAAUACUUUAAUACCUACAGAAAAAAAUGGCGCUCCAGUUCAAAGACUCACUUGGUCCAAGAAAAACUUAAUGGACUGCAUCAGCGUCUAAAAAUGAUCUUGAGAAAAUACAAAAGAAACUAAAAUCUUUAUUUUUAGAAAAUAAUUACCCAAUGUACAUGGACCAUCUUCUUGACCUCGAAAUGUAUGUCGCGGAAAAAAAUAAGAUUCGCUCAGUAGAAAGUUUAGAACGCUCCACGCGCGGCAUAGUGACCAACGCGCGACAAAGAAAACCCCUGUUGUUCAAGCAAACUCUAAGGACCUCUAAGGUCACGUCUCACAUUAUUACUAGUUUAUAAGUCGUGUUUAUUUCAAACAAUUAAGAGAUUUUUUCUAGACUGCUUGCAGGCCCCCUUUUUUUGCAUAGACCAUUUUCAUGACCGCUAAAUGUAAGUCUCAGUGCGGCGGAAAAAAUACAAUUUUAGAACGCUCGAUGUGCGGCAUUGGUGACCAACGCGCGACGAGGGAAAGAAGGAAAACCCCUGUUGUUCAAGCAAACUCUAAGGUCACGUCUCACAACAUUACGAGUUUUUAAGUCGUGUUUAUUUCAAACAUUUAAGAAAGUCUUUCUAGACUGUUUGCAGCCCGCCUUUUCUCUUAAAAUCUGUUUAGUUCUUAUUCCAGCUAGCGAGAUUGUAAACAACAACUUAAGAAUAGAGAAUUUACCCUGGGUGCCAGAGACUUUCCAUGCCCGCGCUUUCCGUUCUCGGCCAAAGCUUUUCAGUGAAAUCAGUGAAGGUCGAGACGCCCGCAUUUAGCAGUUCGCGGCUUUGUAAAGGAAAAUAAUAGACUGCUCGCAGUUUAUAGUCGUUCAAGCAACGAUGCCUUCCGUUGGCAAAAUAAAUAUUGUACUAUUAAAUUUUGCGUUAACCUUCGCAAACUGACUAAAGAAUUCUAUGUAAGAUUUGGUGUCGGAAUAAUUGUUACGGCGUGCAUUUAGUUUUCCUCGCUUUUAGCCAAAUAUUUCACUCACAAGAAAAAUAGUUUUUAACUCGGCAUUUGCAGCUCACACGCCAAAUUGUUCACGCGUUUUACUCGCCGUUUGUCGCGGCUUGCUUUGAAAGGUCCCACGAGUUUUUUUCUGUGUUUCCAUUGAGUGCAAUGAAUCAAAUUUCUAAUUAAUUUGGUUAAGUUGUCAAACGAUGAGUUGUAAAUAAAAUGAAACAUUCAGUCGUGAUGAUUUAGAGAGGAUCGUAUUCUAUGAGUUGUCAACACGUCUUUUGUUUUACAUUGCGCAAUCGGUCAUUUCAGAUGACCGACUUCGCCGGUCUCUAAGUCUUGCGGAUCCUCAUGUAAAGGUCCUCACACGUCACUAAAUACACGAAGCGAAUUGGACAAUAUGCCUACUAAAUAUUGCUUACUACUUGGAGCUUAUUAUUUUUAUAUCCCACUAACACAUCUUAAAUUUUUUUAAAAUUCCCUGGAGUGCACAUUUCCCCUGUUAUAUAGUUAAUUUGCUAGGGAUGACCAUUGCAAGAUGAUACAAAUUAAGUUCCUCUAUGUUUCAUUCGAUUUCAUACCCCGACAAAAGUUAAACAAAACAAAACAAAACCUUUCUCAUUGCUCGUGCGCAAUGAUUUGUCCUAAACCAUAUACAGUAACAGGCACUAGUCUUUGGGAAGCGUUAUUCAAGCUCCAAGUUUUGUGUAAGACAUCAUUCUAGGCUUAUUUAGUCUUUUUUAUUUAUUUAUUUUUUAUUCUAGGUGGUCAUAUGGAGUAGUUAUGUGGGAAAUUGCAACAUUAGGUAAUGGUCUAACUUAUACUUACUUCGUCGUCCGCGUAGCUAAGCUAUGUUUGAGGGUGUGGGUGUUUUUUUAUUUUUUUUAGGAAGUGGGGUGCCACUAAGCGGCGCUCUUUCGCCCCAUUCUCGUCGCGCUCCCCUUCGAUGCCCCUCCCCAACUGUUCCAACCGCCCGCUACCGUCGGGCUACUAAGGCUCCAUCUGGCUUAAUAAGUGUCUAGUAAUCAAAAAAGUAAGUAGUCAGUACAACGUUUUUAUAUGGAACUUUAUACCACAAUCGUCUUGUAACGCCAGGAUGGUUGAGCUCAAUCGUCCAAUGAUAAAAAGAGUAAUGGACCAAUAAACUACAACUGCCGAACAACUGGCGAAUGGUUUUGAAGAAAUUCUACGUGAGAGGGGCUGGUAAGGAAGAAAGAUAGGAGACUAAAGAGGUUCCUUCAUUAUUCAUAAACUUUCAGUUAAAUUUACUGACUUUCACGAUGCAAAAACCUUGAAUAAUUCUGUGACUUUUGUAAGCCUAAUGGAAGCAUCUCACUAUAUCUCCGCUUAUUCAUAAAAAUACUCGAGACUAAGAAUUAGUGUUAAAAGUAAUCAUAUGUGGCGACCCCCUCUUUUUUGUUGCAGGAGGUUCGCCUUAUCCAUUGCUUAACAACGCUGAGGUCAUGAAUCUCCUCAGAACAGGGCACCGAAUGGAAAAACCCGACUUGUGCUCGGACAACUUGUAAGCCAUUAGAAUUCUUAAGCAUCAAUAAAAAGUCCCAUAUUAACUUAAAGAACAUUGUUCCUUCGUAGUAUAAUUUUUAACUAGUAACAAAAAGAUUUAUAGUUUUCAUUCGAAAUGACAUAAUUUUCCCCGCGAACUACGAAGCUAAAAUAGGUUCCAAAUACCUUUGAUCAGAAAAGGUCCAUGUAUGAAAAUUUACAGAUUGUGCGAAAAAAAAAAAAAAAAUGGCUGGACAAGACUAGCCUGCGAAAACAGCCGUCUCUCCUCGUUCCUCGCCAUGCACUAGGGACAUUUCUGGUGAAACGACCCCAGCGGCGAAGAGCAAGGAGAGACGGCUGUUUUCGCAGAGUAGGACAUGGCAUGCCCCUUAAGGUAUCACUAGUGUCUGUUAACUACAGCAACCCAUUGCCAUCCAAUCUUGUAAAAACGGGCGGGCCUUAAAAAAAAAAUCCGACAAACCCCUCUGGGAUUGGUAUCUGAUCCAUCCUUAGUCAUCUGAGGGUUAUUUUUGUUAUCUGUUAGUUACGCCUUUAUGAUGGAGUGCUGGAAACAGAACCCGGAUGAACGACCAAGUUUUCAGGAGCUGGUUGAAAGGCUGGAGAGAACCAUGACUGAGCACGUAGAAUACCUUGAUCUGAAACAGUUGGACGAGACUAGAGCGUACUAUCAAGUGCAAGAGUCCAAAACGGGUGAAAUAGGUGGCGACAGCGGGCUUGAGCAGAGGGCUGUUUCGUCCAUUUCAAUCGCUGUUUAGGUUAGACCUAC